AUGAAGUGUGCAGGCUCACCAAGAGCCGGUUUCUCGUUAAAGAAGUUGUGGCUUCUCUUCACACUUGUCGCCUGGGCCGACGCCACUGCUGUGCAGACUCGUUCCGGGCGGGCCUUGAAGCCGGGCACAAAUGUGACGAAUGCGCGUCUUCGCGGCCCGGCCUCCUUCGAAGGCAUGGUGGAAAGCCACGCCGCUGUGGUUGCGUCCCAACCGACGCCGGCGGCACCUCCUCCAGCUGCAGGCCCAUCUGCUCAGGACCUUUGGCGCCUCUUUCGCCAGGUGUUGGGAUACUCGGUGCUCGCUUGCGGCAUUGCCUUCUGGGUGUACUGGGUGCCGACGAAACUCUGCAGCGAGCACGAGAACUUCCUGGCCGAGAAGCUGGAAGGCCGAACCUUCAGCAUGUACUUGGCAUAUCGCUUCAACUACUGGAUGGACUCCCAGGGUCUUGCAGCCAUGGGUACCAUCCUUCUUGUCGGCAUCCUGUCUCUCCUGACUGCGGGGGCCCUCCUCUACGCCUUCUGCCUGGGAACAUCCCCAGUCACAGGUCUUUGGAUGUGCUUUGUUUGGGCAUCGGCUGCCUCAGUUGACCCGACAGCCCCUGCCAUCAUGGGCUUUGUGGGAAUCCUCACCACGCUUGGCGGACUGGUUCUGCUGGCGGUGCUUCUCACCACGAUCUCGGACUACUUUGCCAAGCAGGUCGAGGCCUCGAAGUCGGGACGAGACCCGGUGGUCGAGGGCGGCCACCUCCUCCUCCUGGGACACUCCGUGCAGACGAAGCAGCUUCUUGAGGAGUUCGCCAUCUGUGAGGCCGAUGACAAACCCACUACAGUGGUGAUCCUGUCCAGCCAGCCGAAGCAGGAAGUCGAAGACCAGAUUGCAGCCUGGAAUACCGACCUAGGGGACCUCAAGCUUGUCGUUCGCUGCGGGAAGUGCUGCGACAAAGCAGAUCUGUGGAAGGUUGGUGCAGACUGUGCCAAGCGCAUCGUGAUCCCAGAGAAACUUUCAUCUUGCAGUCAGCAGAAGUUAUGGAAUCCCAUCCUGUCCCAAGAUGAGUCGGACGCUUCGCAAAUGGGCAUUCUGCUCACAUUAAAGGCUCAGGGAAAGUCAGGUUGGCCGAGCAAUGGAUAUGUGGCAAUGUCUUGCUGCAUUACCACAAACCUUACGUACAUGCAGGAGUUGUACAAGGACAAGACCUUGAUCUUAACAAGUGAGACCAUUGGCCGCAUGAUGGUGCAGGCUGUGCAAGAUCAGGGCCUGUGCUCGGUGUUCAACCAGCUGACAGGCUUCAGUGGCGACGAGUUCUACGUAGCUGGGGCGGAGGAGUUGGGUGUGGUGGGCAAGACCUUCCUGGAGCUUCCCUUCUGGUUUCCGGUUACCGUCCCUUUGGGUGUGGUGCGGGAGGGCGAGUACCUUGUCAACCCUGAGAAGUCUUUGGAGAUACAGCAGGACGAUUCUAUCAUCCUUCUGGCCGACGAUGAUGAUGCUGUCCAGCCUGUUGAGGGUUGCUACCUUGACUUCGCUCGAUGGACGGCUGACCGCAAACCGGCCAGCUUCAGCGAGGCCAACGCCAAUGACGGUGAAACCGUCAAGGCCCUUCUCUGCAACCUGAACGCUCGCAACUGUGGCUGCGCUGUCUUAGCUGCAAUGGACUCGAUGACCGGGCCAGGAUCAGAGGUGGACCUCUACUGUUCCCUCGGCGAGGAAGAGGCUCGUGAGAUUGUGCUAUCUGCUCAGCAGAGGAAGGAGCACUUCUUCGAGAAUAUCAAGAUCCGUCAGGUUUACAGCACACCACAUGAUGCGAUGACGUCGAUGUAUCGGAUCAAAGAUCUGCCCCUGGAGACCUACGACUAUGUCAUUCUCUUGGCAAAUGCAUCGGAGUCAGUAGACCGUGCUGAUGAGCAGACUGUUGCCAUGGUUCUGCAGAUGAAAUCCCUGUUGGCUCAGCGCGAUGCACAGAAGGAUUUCCAGCCGCUAGUAGAGAUCUGCACGCAAACAGCUGAGGAGCAGCUGUCUGCCAUUGGAAUCCAGAACAUGUGCAACAGCACACUUCUGGUGUCCAAGGCGCUUGCCAUGGUUGCCAUCAGCUCCGUGAACUACGGGGUUCUCAAAGAUCUUCUCUCGCCUGAUGGAAACCAGCUGGAUAUCAUGAACUUGGAAGACUACCUUGCCGAAGGUGAGACGGUGCCAACCUUUUUGACCUUCGCCGAGGCAGCUGCAAUUGUGGGACGUGCGGCGCAGCAGGCCAGGAACUGCCAGGACCUUGCAGUAAAGAUCCGACAUGAGGUCCUGAUUGGCUGGUCCGAGGAUGGCGAGUACAUCAUCAAUCCGAAGGACAAGCUCGUGCCAAGGCCGUGGUCUUUGGUGCAGCGUGAGUUCGUGCGGAAGACCCGCGCGGAUGACGAUGCCGAAUUCUGGGGGGCCAAGGGGAAGGAAGGAUUCCGGACGUACCUCAAGAAGAAGUUCGGGACCAUCUUGAACGGAUGGAGGGCUCUUGACCAGGACCGGUGUGGGCGUUUGUCUUUCCAGGAGUUCUGCCAGGCCUGCCGUGCGAUGGGGUAUCAUGGCAACUUCAAGAAGCUGUGGGCGGAACUAGAUGCGAAGAAGACCGGGAUGGUAUCCUUGAUGGAAAUUGAUGCAGAUGUGGGCCACUACAUCGGCACCUUCAAGCUCGCCCUGCUGCAAAAGUAUGGUGACAUGGUCACUGCCUGGUUCCAGUGCAUCGACGUCAAGCGUGAAGGGCGGAUCCAGGAGCCUCUCCUUUGUACCUGA